CGGAAGUUGACUCAAAAAAAGUUGAAAACGCGACAUGAAGAUAAAAACAACAUCCUCAGUAAUACCUUGAGCCGAGUUUUUCAAGAUAACCAAACACCACCAAGAUGUCUCGCUCUACAUCCAAAGCCCAAGCUGACAAAAGUAAAGCACCUCCCCGAGUCUCCCCGCCACCGUCCCACGAGCCGGAAGAGGAAGACAUUAUCCCCGGUUGUCUGACUCAGAGCCAAUGGAUGGACAUGUUGGUCCAAGAGGAGGCAGAAGAUGUAGUAGGGGAGAUUAUGGCUGAUCUGAUGACCAAGGUCAUGGAAGGCUGUUACAGUGUACACAUUGAAAGACAGCUAUCAUCUUUCACUGCAUACUGGGCCAAAGAUUACUUCAUAAAGACUGUGGAGCAGAAAAUCAUGUGCCGAGACAGAGGUGAAGAUUCGAUGGAAUUGUCUGCAACGGAAGACUCAGAACCAAUACCAAUUACUCCAGAUGUUUGGGCAGAAGGAUGUUUUCCUGUUAUACAUGGAGCUCCUCCAUCUGAGCCCGAGUCACCGCAGAUCAACCAGGAAGCGGAUAUUUGCGAGGACCUUGAACCAGACCUCUCAGAAGAAAACCAGCAAAAUGAUUUGACACCACAAACCGCCGAAUCCCCAGUACAAUCUGACGAGAAAAUAAGUCCCAGGGAAGGUGUUGAGGACAAGAUUUUCAAAGAACCAAGUGUUCGCCCCAAACAAAACACUUCCACCAAGAAAAAACUAAAAGUUUCUUUUCCUCCAAAGCUUUACCAAGGUACUGUUUUGCCACCUGUGUCAUGUUCAGCUGAAAAAAUUGAGACUAAGGGUGAAAAUAAACUCCCUUCUGUUUCUAAACUUGUAAUCACAUCAUCACAACAACUAAAGGAGACUCAAACUAUACGUAAGCUUGAACAAUCCUCCUUGCCUCGACACUGGAUCACUCCUCAGUACGAGAUCGACAAAAGCACAAAGUCUAGCAUGAAAAGUUCAUCUAGACAGUCCAAACUAGCGCAAGGACCUCGAAGCCAGCAGACUGCUACAUUGGGAACAUCAUGGAAUCCUCCGAACACGGAUCAGCCAGAGAGGUUGUCUCCUAUUAAGGACGAAAGGAUGAUGGCUAGAGCUUUGAGAAUGGAUACCAUAGAUUUGGCCAAAGGUGUUUCUCUCACUGAUCCCCAGAGAAUACAAAUUGGCCCACUCCAGUUCCGAUCACAGGCACAGUCUGCCAAUCUGAAGCCAAUAAAUAGUGAGUCUGUAAAUUCCCCUUUUCCCGUGAAUCAGAUGACCACAGGACGUCCACCUCGGGUCACCCAACUGUUGCCAUCUGACAAAUUUAAAUAUUGAUUUAAAACCAAACAGAAGAUGGGGGUAUUUUGUUCUGUUUUCAAAUUUGGAAUAAAUUCACAUUUGUCAUUGUUAAGUAAUAAAAUUACUGUACUUAAUGCUUAACAAUGAAAAAAGUGAAUUAUUUAACAUUUGGUCUCAGUAAUCCAAACCAACAAUGCACCCUUGUUUUAAAGUGUCCUUAACAAACUGAAAAUGAAUUAUUAAUAAAUGACAUGUAAUUCUAUUAAGGGAAUUAUUCCUGUUUGAAUACAUGAUG